GUUUUUCAUAGCGAAGGGAGCCAGAUGGAUGGUCAUACGGCAAGGCAAAUGGAAAACUUCAAGCCAUCAGAUUCACGCCGCCACAUUGAAAAUGCUACGUCUACCGUGAAAAUAUCCACCACGAGACAACACCGCUCUAAUUCAAUCAUGUUCAAACCACACGAGCGGAAUCUCUUCUUCACCAUCAGGGCAAGCCCCAAGCAGCAAUGAAAAGAAGGAAAAGGGCCUGUCAGACGUCCAUCGACACCCACCCUACCAGCGCGCCCGAAGGCAGACUACCAGCAGGGUCGAGAUCAUCAAGAGAAAAAACAACUCUCUAUACAGCAGAAGCACAAAGGCAACUGCCGCCAUCCUUGCGGACAGGGCGAGAGGACCAGAAAAAAUUCACUCUUGGGCAUCGAGGAUAUACAAUCAUCAACCAGGGUGGAUUCGAUGGCUCUUUUGGGAACCAAAGCAAGAGACGAAUACUAUAGAAAUGAUUCUCCUGUAGGCGAUUUGUUAGCAUGACUGGUUUUCCUCCUUGUUUGGAGGCGCGCUGCGAGAUUUGCAGCAGUAGGG